AUGAGGGUUCUGGGCGGGAGGGAGAGGAGAGAGAAACAGGCCAGAGAGACUGUGUCCCAGCUCAGGUUACAGGGCAAAGGUCCUUGUGUCCUUUUAGUGAGUAUUGGAUGGUUUUCUUUCUUUCUUUUCCUUUUCUCUUUUUUAGGGAAACUGAGUCCAGGGAGGUUGAAAGUUUGCCCCAGCUGCCCAGUCUCAGGAGCCAGGACUUCCCGCCUCCCAGUCAGCCCAGCGAGAGAAGGGGUUGAGGAGGGGGAAGGGUCUUUUCUCACCGGGGCUUCCCCCACUCUUAAGCGCCCUCCCCUACCAUCACCCCAUCCUCCUCCAGGGUUGAAAAGAGGCGUCUGCGUGAAGAUCAACCAUUUCCCGGAGGACACGGACUACGACCAUGACAGCGCGGAGUAUCUGCUCCGGGUCGUCCGGGCCUCCAGCAUCUUCCCCAUCCUCAGCGCCAUCCUGCUGCUGCUUGGGGGCGUGUGCGUGGCGGCCUCCCGGGUCUACAAGUCCAAGAGGAACAUCAUUCUGGGCGCAGGGAUCCUGUUCGUGGCAGCAGGCCUGAGCAACAUCAUCGGCGUGAUCGUGUACAUCUCGGCCAACGCGGGCGAGCCGGGCCCGAAGCGGGACGAGGAGAAGAAGAACCACUACUCGUACGGCUGGUCCUUCUACUUUGGCGGGCUGUCGUUCAUCCUGGCAGAGGUGAUCGGCGUGCUGGCCGUCAACAUCUACAUCGAGCGCAGCCGCGAGGCGCACUGCCAGUCUCGCUCGGACCUGCUCAAGAGCAGGUGGACAGAGAAGGCCAGGGUCCACCAGGUCUGGCUGGAGCAGCCAACCAUGGGCCAAGGAGUUGAUGAAAGGGUCAAGCCCGAAAUAGCCGGCGAGGGUGAAGGGGUGGGCGGAUGGGGCCGAGGCGGGGCGCGGGCCGAGCGGCGGGCCGAGCGGGCGGCGGCGUGCAGACCCGACGGUCCGGAGGCAUCGCGGAGCUGGGGUCGCCGCGGCGCCGAGGCAGGAGAGGGAGAGGGGCCCCGGCCCAGGAGGCGGGAGCGGGAGGCCUGA